AUGGCCGGUCCGAGUGAAGAAGACAUCGCAUGGUUUAAAUCUACCUUUCGGCCCAUUCCGAAACCUCAACUUCCGGAUGACUGUGUCGAAUAUUCGCUAUACUGGAUUCCGUUGAAGAAUAGCCCACUUGACGACGUGGGUAUAUCAGACUUGAUCCGAACCUCUUUGAUUGAAGUACAAAAACACUCAGCAGGCUUGGUAAAAGAAUACCUGAAGAGCUAUAUAUGGCAGCGUGAUAGUUUCAAGCUUGAGUUCACAAAGGAAGAUGGUAUCCAUUUACUUCGCGGAAGAACUGAAUAUGGAGACUCAAUCGAAGAUGAAUGGGUUAUUGUAUACAUUUUGCGUGAGCUUUCACGGAGAUUUGACAACUUGUGGGUAAAGGUGACAGAUAGCGAUGGGGAAUUUUUACUUGUAGAGGCGGCCGCCGCAUUGCCCGCUUGGCUAGAACCUGAAAUUGCUGACAACCGGGUCUGGAUCAAUAAGGGUGAACUGGUCAUCAUUAAACUUGGAGCCUCCACUACCACAACCAGGAAGAAGGAAACUGAUGGGAAACUAACAUUCCGAGAUGCAAGGAACAUAAUUCUCACCGAGCCUAAAAGGCUGAUGCGGUCUCCUACGAUUGAGGAGGAAGCCUUUUACCGGCUUCGGAACUACCCAAGUCAGAUUGAAAAUAACUUGCACUCAUCUUUGGUUACGAUACCGCGGAGAGUAGCACAUUUAUUACGCACAAAACCAGGUUACAUAUCUCCAGCUGUUGAAGCAUUUUACUUACGGGACCCCAUUGCAUUGCGGCCUCUUCAGAAUGAAGGUUCAAAUAAAUUAAUUUUUGAGCCUUCAGAUUUCGUUACAGUCAGUGUCAAAUUCACAAAAGUUGGGUUUGCACAGUUGAAGAGCCAGGAUUUUCCAGCACCCGCAAAGUGGAAAAACCGAAUCCCUAAAACCAACACGUCGAAGGAUUCUGAGCGUGCAGCCGUUGGGAUGAAAUUGACCUGCGGUUUUGAAAUGUUAUUGUCAGAUCCACUGAAUCGUGAUAAGUCCUCUGUACGAGAAAUAAAGCUUAUCCUUGAAGACGUUGACACAGGGGAGGAGGCACUUCCCACGGACAAAGAGAUUGAGAGUUGGGAUAGGCAAGAUGACAAUGAAGCGUGGCUUGAUAUUAGUUUUGAGGAUCUCGAAGGUGAGCUGAAAGGUAGAGGCAGUGGCGGAAAGGAUAAAAAUAGAGAGGGCUUUGGUGAUAAAGCUGCGCAGGAGAACCUGCAGAGGAUAGUCUCAAAAUUUGAGGAAUUCCUAAACGAUGAUACAGCUGGCUAUGACGGGGCGGGGCUUAUUAACGAAUUUGGAUCAGAUGACAGCGAUGCCGAUUUUGAUGAUGACGAAGGAUUCAGUAGCGAUGGUGAGGACAAAGAUGCUUCUUUCGAUGAGGAGGAAUUUUCAAGGAUGAUGAAGGAGAUGAUGGGUAUGCCAUCCGCCUCGAACAAGGGAUCCUCAUACAGGCCCAAACGCAUUCAAGACCUCGAAGAAUCCAAUGAUGGAGAGGAUGAUGCAGACGAAAUCGAAGAUAUCUCCAAGAAGAUGGAAGCGGAGUUAAGACAGGCGGGGUUCUUUGACCAAUUCAAUGCCUCUCGCACCCAAAGCAGGAAAAAGGCUGUCAAGGAGAAGGCCCCAGUAAGGGACCAACAUCCGGGUGAAAAUGAUGAUGAUGAAAGCGAAAUGGAAGAGCUCGACGAUACUGAGAUCGACAUCAACCUAGCAAGAAAUCUUCUGGAGAGUUUUGGCAGCCAAGGCGGCGCGUCUGGACCCGGAAGCAACAUGCUCGGCAUGAUGGGGAUGAAAAUGCCAAAGGACGAUCGGAAGUGA